AUGCAGGCGCAGGAGCUGCGGCAGGCGGUGCACGACUGCCGCAGCCGCGCCCUGUAUGCCUCGGCCAAGUGGGCGGCGACCGCGCUGUGCGGUCUGCCGGAGGAGGAGGUGAUGGUGUCCUCGCAGGCGGCGGCAGCAGCACCUCCCAGCGGCAGCGCAGCAUUCGAGCUGGCUAGGAGCUUCUUCGACCUUAAGGAGUACCGUAGCGCGGCGCAUGCCCUGCGGGACAGCCGCGACCAGCUGUCGCUGUUCCUGCGCGGUUACGCAACCUACCUAGCGGGAGAGAAGCGGAAGGAGGAGGAGCGAAUAGAGAGCAAGGCGGCUGGGGAGGCGGCCGCAGCGGCCAACACAGAGCUGGACGGUCUCGAAGGGGAGCUGCAGGCGCUCGUGGCGGCGGGGCAGGCAGACGGCUUCCUGCUCUACCUGCUGGGCCUGGUGCUGGCAGACAGAGAGAAGAAGGAGGAGGCGCGGCAGGCGCUGGCGGCCUCGGUGACCGCCUACCCCUGCAACUGGAGCGCCUGGCUGGCGCUGCAGUCGGUGUGUGCCGACCUGGCGGCCGUGGGCCAGCUGCCGCUGCCCGACCACUUCAUGCGCCGCUUCUUCCUGGCCUCGCUGUGCGUGGACAUGCACCACAACGCAGAGGCGCUGCAGCACCUGCAGGGUCUGUCUGAUGAGUUCCCGCGCGGCGAGGCGGUCAUCCUGCUGGCGGCGCUGGCCCACUACAACCUGCAGAACUUUGACGAGGCACAGGAGCUGUUUGAGGGGCUGCUGCUGCGGGACCCGCACAGGAUAGAGGGCAUGGACAUCUACUCCAACAUCCUGUACGUCAAGGAGGAGUUUGCGGCGCUGUCGGCGCUGGCCCACCGCUGCGCCGGGGCGGACAAGUACCGGCCGGAGACGUGCUGCGUCAUAGGCAACUACUACUCCCUGAGGGGCAUGCACGAGCGCGCUGUGCAGUACUUCCGUCGCGCGCUGCGCCUCAACCCCGCCUACCUGGCCGCCUGGACGCUGAUGGGCCACGAGUUUGUGGAGCUCAAGAACCCGCCCGCCGCCAUCGAGGCGUACCGCCACGCUGUGGACGUCAACCCCCGCGACUACCGCGCCUGGUACGGCCUGGGCCAGACGUACGAGCUGGUCAACAUGCCCUACUAUGCCCUCUACUACUUUAGAAGGGCCGUGCAGCUGCGGCCGCACGACGCGCGCAUGUGGAACGCCAUGGGCCACUGCUACCAGCAGGAGCAGCUGGGCCUGCUGGACGCCGCCAUCCGUUGCCACCGCCGCGCGCUGCCGUACGACAAGGAGGGGGAUGGCGGGGACCUGGAGGCUGCGGAGCGCUACUACACCCGCCUGCUCGACUUUGGGGCGGGCAGCAAGGAGGCGGCCAAGAGCAGCCUGCGGGAGAUACGCACGCUCAAGGCGGCCGGGGUGGCGCCCCGCGGGCCCGCGGGCCUCACCCCCGUGCGCCCCGACAGCCCUCCGGACUCGCCUGGGUCGGACAUGAUGGCCGGUAUGAGCCCCUACUGA